CACGGCCCCUAGCGGCCGCGGCGGGGAGGCGCCCGCGGCGCAUGCGCGGCGCCGUCGCCUGCCUGCCCAGCGCCGGCGAGCCGCGGCACGCGGAGAGUUCAGGGCAGCCAGCGGGGCGGCGGCCGCGUGGGGCCGGCAGCUCUCGGCCUCUUCCGCCGCUCAGACACCGUCUGCCGGCGUCUCCGUGCCUCGGGCAGGAGCGGCUUGAUAUUUGCAAGUUCCCUGCCUUGACAGUAAUCAUCAUGGACAGUGUGUUCCUAACAGAGGACAAGGCCAAUUCUGUGUUAAAAAGAUACCCAAGAGCCAACAGAUUUUUGGAAGAAUUAAAGCAAGGUGAUAUAGAGCAUGAAUGCCGAGAAGAAAUCUGCACGUAUGAAGAAGCAAGAGAAGCUUUUGAAAAUGAGGAAAAGACGAAGGAGUUCUGGAAAGUCUACAAAAAUGGACUUCAGGGAGAAAGUAACACAGGACAUACCUGGUAUUCAUUUUACCUUGCAUUUCCAUUAAUCAUUGGCCUUUUUGUUAUCCUCAUUGUCAUUUUUGUCAUAUGGAGGUGCCUGUUUAAAAAGAAAAUGCGUAGACAGUCCAUGUACAUGCAUAGGGGAGCCCACGAAGCAAUGGGUGAUGGUGCUGUGGCUGACGGCAGAGGUCCGCUUCCGCAGCCUCUCAGCAUUGUUCAUUCCCCACAGGAGGAAUUGUAUGAAGUCAGUGGGCUCUCUCCAGGAGGCCUGAGCUAUACAGAUGGACGGUCAGACUCAAUAUCCACAAGGCUAUCAAACUGUGAUCCUCCUCCUUCAUAUGAGGAAGCCACUGGUGAAAUCAGUACGAGAAGUGAAACUGAGCAACACUUAGAUCCGCCCCCACAAUAUGAAGACAUUGUGAAUUCCAGUUCAGCCAAUGCAAUUGAACUAGCGCCUGUUAUCACCAGUAUUAAAUAAAGCAAGAAGAGCACUAUUGACUUUUUAAAAAACUACUAAUCAUUUUGUAGCACUUUAUCUUGGCUUAUUAUGCAUUUCUGUAAUUUAAUGGACUUGUAUAAUGAACUUUUGGGGGGUUCAUUUAUGGUUUGGGUUGUUUUUUUAUUAUUUUCUUCCUUCCUACAGCAGGUCUUAAAGAUCAGGAAUCUGUAUUGAGAGCAUAGUGCAGGUACAAAUGUGGUGCUCUGUCAUACUUCUCAAAAGUACCUCCACUUUGAGGGAUGUCACUUAUUUUAUUCUGAAUGUUGUCUGCAUUCCCUACAGAUUUGUGUAAUCCCCUUCCCUUCUUACUGCAAACUGUCAGAAUUGCCUAAAGUAGGGAACUCUUGAGCAAUGUUUCAGAAAGUUUUUACACUAAAGGGACUAAUUUUGCAGUGUUCUCUCUUGUCUGGUUGGUUUCUUUUCUCACUUGGAUCUUUGUAACUUGCUGCACCAUAUCCUAGGCCUGAGGGCUGAGAGCAGUAUGCCUUUGAGCACAAACCAGGAUAUCAGCAAAGUAUGCUGGUUUAAUAGCAAUAAUUUCACAGUCCUAAGAGACGGGGUGUAUUCUAAAGCUUUUGCCAUUACAACUCAAAAUUCUAUACCCGUUUUGAAGCUAGUAAUUCAAGAUAGCAGUUAGAGAAUUUAACAGUACACUCUUUGGUGUGUUCUGCUUUUCCUCUCAGUUUUCCUAUGUAUUUUUACUCGUGAAUCCUAGAGAGGAGAUGUGUGCAUAUGUUAGUAUGCACUUGUAACUAACAGUAAAUAACAAAAUAAUAAAGAUAAUGGAUAAAAUCCUGAUCACUUGGAUGAGCUAGAAUAGUCUUCGCUGGAACCAGGAUUUCAUUUAUUGAACAUAACAUGAAUCCUAAAGUAAUACUUUCCCUUUUUUAAAGAAGAAAAAAAAGGGGCGGGAGCAUUUGGAGUGUGUGUAUUUUUUCUCUUCCUGUCCUCCCUUCCCCCUGUUAUGAAAUAGAAAUCCCUUCCCCAGAUCCUGGUGUUCUCCUGCCUCUUGCAUUCUUACACAUAGCAUUUGUGCACCUUAUAUUGAUGGCUGUGGAAAUCCAUUGCAGAGAACUUUGGUACCUUUUUUUCAGCAACUUUAUUUCUUACCCAUUUCAACAAAGUGCUUCUGUUGCAAAAGUUAACACUUUGAAACAAUGAAAAAUGAAUGUACUUUUAUUUCCUUAUAACAAAGAAUAACGUACUUUUAUUAAUGAUGUGAAUUCUUAAAGUACGCUUCAUUCACAGUGUAAAGAUGCCUUUUUUCACAGCUUUUAGAUUAUAGAUGCACAUGGACUGAUUUCACAUAUGCUAAGCAGAGUAAGAAGUGCUGCUUAGCAGGGUAAUUGAGGCUCGUAUCAGAAUUUGUGUGGCCAGCCAGGCUCUGCUCUCUCCAGGUGUGAGCUGUGAAGUGUGAGGGCCCACCAUGUUGUAUCUCAAGGACACAAUACAGGCAUACCCCCAAGUAUAAAUUUGGAGUGACUUUGAGGAUUGGAGUGUGGAUUUCUGAUAGAUUUGAUGCAAGUUAAACUAGAUACUUGUAUAAAUUUCCACCAACUGGUUUAGAAACUGAUAAUAGUUAAGCUGGUGCAAGCUAUAGUGUGACAGUGCCUUUUUCCAUGCUUGGAGCAAGAGUUCAGUAUUCAAUUUAGCUUGUGAACAUUCAUUUUGGUUCUUUUUCUUCCAACACCCAGAUCGCAUGGCAUUAGCUUUAGUAUUGUCUGUGUUCUACUAAUCAAUUAACACUAGCCAAAGUAUAUUUAGUCCUGAAGGCUACAGUGUUAAACUGGCUUUCUUAAAGUGACAGAAAACCAAACUGCAUCCUGUUCCAAAGACCUCAAAUAGAACACCAAUAUCAUGCACUUGAUGUUGUCUUUAAUGUCAUGCAUUUGUUUCUGAUAUGUGCCCUUGUAUCUGCUGUCUUGUGGGGGGUUGGCCUCUCUCUUCCCUAAGGAAUUUUACAGAAAACUGCUGCAAACAAAUAUAUGGACAUGCUUGAGUGAAUGUAUAUACGCACCUCUGUAAAAAUCUGAUACAAUGUACUGACAAAUGAAAUAAUGAUCCUGUGAUUAGUUUCAUUCUCACUUUUGGUGAAGAGCAGGUUGUCUGAGUUGUCUGCUGGGGAUCUUCACUUGCAACAGCAAAAUGUAUGGAGCUAAUGAAUGAGCUCCAGACCCAUCUGUUGUCAGAAAAACAAAACAAAACAAAUUUAUUUACAUGUAUUAUUUGUAGUAAUAGAUAUUGAGCAGAUAAGUACAAUAUAUUUUGGACAAUUACAGUAUGAAUUGCCUGUAUCUUGUCUUUGGACUGUCUGACCUUUUCUUUUGAAGUGGUUUUAGCGCUUGUGGAAAGUCCUAAAUUGCCAGUGGUAGAAGUUGAAUCUUCUUUUGUACUGAACAACAGUUAAUAUACUGCCUCUCACCAGGCAUUACCAAGAUGAAGUGCCUCCCUCUGAACGUGCAGGAACCACCUCAAAUAGAGCUCCUAGUUCAAUCACCAUGCCAUUCUGGCAGCUCCCAGGCAUGCCAGCACAGCUGGCAGUUCCAGUGGUAACGUUUUUUUGUUGGGGUAUGAGACUUUCCUGUAGGAAAUGCAUGGAGAUCAUCCAUCUCAUAUCAGGUCAUUCAGGAACUCUCAACCCCUGAAUAUGGGCAGUCUGGUUUGGAGAUGAGCCAGCAGUGAAAAAUUUUAACAUUCUAUAUUCCAUUAGCUGUUUUAAUGGCCUUACGUUUCUGGUUUCUAAGUAGAAUAUGUUGCUAUAUCCUGUAGUUAUUUUUGCUUGAAAUACAAAAAUAAUGCUUGUCCUUCCAAAAAAAAAAUCUAAAAUGAUUUGUGACAACCAUUUAUUGGGUCAUGCUUUUUUUCUCAUCCAAGCAAUUUUGGCCGAUAGACUAAAGUCUUGGUGAAUAUACUUUCAUAACUAAACUUUUACAUGCGGCAGUUAUUCAAAUAUAUUUCCAUGAGCAGCUUUCUCCAUGUUGGAAUAAUGUCAAAUUACAAAAUAUUUUUUUGUUAAGAGUGGGAAAUGAACUUUUUAGUCUUGUAACUGGCUUUUCUGAUCUGAUUGGAAAAUAAAAUUUCUUUUACAGUGGGUUUUUUAUGCAGCAUUUUUUUUUUCCAGAUCACUCGCUGAUUUUUAUUAGCCUAUAAUUGCAUUGUCAUGCAGUAAAUAUUAUAAACUUACAGUUUUACCUCUCUGAAUGUUCUGAAAGUCUGAAAGCAGCACUGGCUUUGCUGAUGAAGUGAGUAGUCAGGAUACUGCCUUUUCCACUUUCAAAUAUAAUGUUGAGUUUCAUCUUGUAUUAGGACUAAGACGAUUUACUUACUAAUAACUGAGUUAAAUAGAGAUGUCAUUGUUUAAGAAGUUAUGGAAAUUAACUGUUUGCUUAGAUGAUGUUUAGCAUCCAUGGAGGUUGUUCUGACUUCACUGGAUGUAAAUAACCUCUGAUUACAGUAUUGCAUAUUUUAAAGGGUUUUGGUUUACAUUAAAUUAUCAUAUUUAAACAUUCUUGCCUAUGUUUAUAGAAGAAUUUUUUUGUGUAACAUUUGUUUUUGGAUUUGCUAAAUAAAGAUUUUUUUAAAAUGUC